GUCUUCGCUCCGCUCCCGUCUGUUGUACAUCCUUUUUUGCUUUCUUUUGUUCAAAAUGUCUCACGGUCCGUGGGCUCUGACGGCGGGCAUUUUAGGAAAUGUUAUCUCAUUUAUGGUGUUCCUUGCUCCAAUUUCAACAUUUUAUCGCAUCUACAAGAAAAGAUCAACGGAAGGAUUUCAGGCAGUACCUUAUGUGGUGGCUUUAUUCAGCGCCAUGCUCUGGCUUUACUAUGCAGUUAUUAAAACUAAUGUCAUGCUUCUUAUCAUCAUCAACUCCAUUGGCUGCAUCAUCGAAACAAUCUAUUUGGCUAUUUUCCUCGCAUAUGCACAUAAGAAAGCUCGGGUAUAUGCUGCAAAACUAAUCUUAUUAUUGGACGGGGGAGUUUUCUCUUUAAUAGUGCUCUCAACUGUAGUAUUUUCGGAAGGCGACACGCGUGUGAAAAUUGUCGGAUGGAUUUGUGUAGCAUUUGCAGUAGGCGUCUUUGCUGCUCCGCUAAGCAUCAUGAAACUAGUAAUAGCAACAAAAAGCGUGGAAUUCAUGCCAUUUAACCUGUCAUUCUUUCUCACUCUUUGCGCUGUAGCAUGGUUCUCCUAUGGAUUGCUUAUAAAGGAUCUAUAUGUAAUGCUGCCAAAUGUGUUGGGUUUCAUGUUUGGAGUAGCGCAAAUGAUUCUCUACCAAGCCUACAAGAAGCAAAGUGAGGGAAAGAAGAAAGAUAAAGUGGCAGGGAUGAAGAACAAAACAAUCAAAGAAGAAGCAAUUGAAAAAGAGAAGGAGAUAUGUUACGAAGAGUGGACAAACAAGGUGAAACAAAACAAGGAAAAUGACAUGGUGCCGGUCUAAACUUGUAUCAGUACAUUCAGGGCUGCUUUCUUCCUAUAUAGCUUUCACCUAAAGCUUUUUUGUCUCUCUCUCC